AAACCUUUGGGAUUGGAUAAAAGGUAAAAUGAUAGACACAGACCUCUUUUACAUAGGUGGGUACAGGUUAACAGUCUACAAUAAAUUCAACAAUAACUGACGAUUUGUGGUCUCAGCUCUUGUGCAUUCAUUGGCUGUGCCCUGAGGGGUCUGGAAAAAGGGAAGUUAACCUGACAUUCCUAAGGUGUGUUAUAUAUGCCAGAAGGUGAUAGACAGGCUCAACUUAAUUUUGUUAGGAAGAUUUUAGCCUAGGAUAUACCUGCCAUAAACUGUUUUUAGUUAAAAGUUUUCAUUUCAGACCAACAUGGCCCCUUUUCAUCCACAAGGUUUUUAUUGACUACAUAGAAUUCAGUUUGUAUGGAUGUAGCAGAAUUUCAUUCCAUAUUGGACAUUUAGAUUGUUUCUAAUUUUCUCUGCACUUCAGUAAACCCCUUAUAUAGUACCUCUUUAAAAACUUGGGCUUUGAAAUCAGGUAGUCUUGGGUCCACUCCUAGUCAUUGUCAGUGAAACCUUGGGCAGGUCAUUUAACCACCCUGUGCCUUAGUUUCCUCAUCUUCGAAAUAGCUUUAAGCAGUUAAUGAAAGCACAAGCAUGCCAUUUUAGAAUUCACCUUCUCUUCCCCAGUCCAGGAAGAAGCUAAUGAUUUCUUAUUUUUGAUCUCUGUUGAGGCAAGUAUGCUUGGCCUUCAGGGCACUCUGUUCUUUCCUUAACUUGAGGAACGCCAAUUACUGAAUCCCCAUUGUCUAAGGUUUCUUUGUUUCAUUAGAGUCUGAGCAGUUUAAUUUUUCUUUGUUUUGUUCUUCCACCUAGAAGGAGAAUGGGGCUUCAGAUGUUUCUUGAUGGCCUCUACCCAGUGGUGCUUUGUUUUUAUUCUGUAUCUAUUCUGCAAAGCCUCUAUGGUCAGAGGAAAUCCUUGGUGAUUUUUUCCCUUCAUUAUCCUUCCUUGUUCCAUCAACCACAGUGAAACCACUGUCAACUAUUGGCAACUCCUUUGGCUUCUGUUGAGUUGCUAUUUGUCACAUAAUGGGAAAGAGGGACUCAUAGAAGAACUGUCUUCCUGGGGGGAGUGGAAUUUGAGGAUCUUAAGUCUUGACUGCUCACCUCUCCAUCCUACUACAUGCUUGAAUUGAGAGGGAGGAGGUUGGGCAACAUCAAAGAGAAGUUAUGGACUUGUCUUGGAGCCUUUCAAUGUGACGGUUCCUCUGGGCCCCUGUUGAAGAUCUGUCCUGAAAAUUGUGGUUAAGUAAAUUUUCUGAUAGAGGAAAUUUGUUGCUUCUGUUUAUCAAGAUGAUUACAACACCUUCAAAACAUCCAGGAAUUCACUUGUCCUCAGAGACAUCUUCUCAGAGGAGAAAUGUGCCUAUUCAUGCAGUUUUUUUUGACAGCAUUCCUUCAGGCACACUUACCCCUGUAAAAGAUUUGCUGAAAUAUCAGAACUCCUUUUUAAAAUUGAAUGACCAUAAAAAAAAUCAAUUCUCAGAAAUGACAUUUUUUCAAGAUAAAAAUGUAUUUCAUUCUACCAUGGUAGCAGAGCCUAGCACCUCUAACAGUCUUCUUAAUAUUGAUAUCAGUGCUAUAAAGCCCAACAAGGAUGGAUUUAAAAAUAAAGCAAACUAUGAAUCACCAGGAAAAGUAUAUCAAAGAAUGAAAGAAAAGGUACUGCGUAAUAAGCAAGAACAAGCAUCAAGAAACAGUAAUGUGUUGGAACCACCGAAAAGUGAAAGUAACAAAAUUUUUGCCCAUAAUGGAGCUAAGAAAAGAGUAUUGCAGCAUCAUACCUACCUCUGUGAAGAAAAGGAAAACAACAAAUCAUUUAGAUCAGAAAACAGCUUAUUAAGAGAAAUUUCAACCUCAGUCCAAGAAGUUCCUCUAGAACCAUCAAAUAAUAUUUUACUCCCAGUCAAGCCAAAGAUUCAACGUCAGCAGGCAAAGAAAGCUCCUCUGCACAAUUUAACUUAUGAGCUUCCAGUUCUCAACCAAGAACAUGAAAAUGUUUCAGCUGCAGGAGUCUCAAACAGAGCGUUAACUAGAGCACAGCUGGCUAAACAGAUUCUUUCAAAGGGGAAUACAGUUGCAACCACUAAGUUAAAAAAGGACACAUUUAUUUUAGAAGGCAUUGAUUCUGCCUAUGAAAAAUCCCGAAAUACUACUACUGAGACUCUAAGUACUCACUGUGUUUAUAAAAAUGGCAGUCAAUUAAUGGUUUCGGAUAAUAAGGUAACCAAAGGGACUUCACAACAGGAAAUUAAGGAAGAAAAUGAAAAAACAAUGCCCGGAGAAACUGACAUCCCAGGUUCCAUAAAUGACACAUGUAAAAUUCUGCUUGCAACUCCAAGAUUUCAUGUAACAAUACCUCAGAGAUCAAAAAGAUAUACUUCAAAGCUUCUUCCUCCAAGUAUAUGUCAAACUACUACAGAUGGAGUUAAAAAUAACAAGGUAGUCCAGCUACAGGAAUGGAUGAUUAAAAUCAUCAACAAUAACACUGCUAUAUGUGUAGAAGGGAAAUUGAUAGACAUCACUAACAUAUAUUGGCACAGUAAUGCAAUUGUAGAACGGAUUGAACACAACAAACUUAGGACAUUAUCAGGCAACAUUUAUAUAUUAAGAGGAAUGAUAGACCGGAUUUCCAUGAAAGAAGCAGGAUAUCCAUAUUAUCUCAUAAGGAAGUUUAUGUUUGGCUUUCCAGAAAAUUGGAAAGAGCACAUUGAUAAUUUUCUAGAACAAUUAAGGGCUUGUGAAAAGAAAAAGAAAGAGGCCAGACAAAAACAGAAAAGUGGAAGAUUUGUGCCUGACAUAGGAAAGUCAAUGGAAAAUGAUGCAGGAGUAAACCAGACAGAUGGCCUCCAAAGAACCAGCAGCAUUUAUGACCUUGAUUGUAAUCAUUUGGAACUAAAGAAUAGUAAACAUAGUAGGUUGCCAGGAGCUACAGAAAUAGACAUCUGCCAGAGUAAUCCUCAAAAUAAACCACCAUUAAGGCUCCCAGAUGACCACAUAAAGAAUACUGUUCAAAAUGGAGGAGGCUGUGACUUACCUACUCAGGAAUUGAUUGGAAAAAAGGAACAUAAAAAGUUAUCUUCAAAGAAACUCAAAAAUUGUGAAAGAAGAACAAAUGAAAAGCUAAUUAAAAGUCAGAAGCAAGAGCAAACCGAAGAAUCGAAGGUAUCCAUUGAUAUUAUCAUCUCAGGAAAAUCACCUUUCUCAGACAAAGAAAGAAAAUGUAUGGCUGCUAAUCAGAAGGAAGUUUAUAUUGUACUAACACCGCUUAAAUCUAAAAAUGUGAUAGAGCAAAAAUGCAUGAAGUAUAAUGUGUCCUCUGGUACCAUUAAAGCAGUAACAGAUUUUAUAGUGCCAAAGCAUCAAAAAGAAAGUGAAUCAGACAUAAAUGAAACUACAUGUCCAAUCAGUAAGCCCAGAAAGACUUUGAAAAAUGCAUUUGAGUGUGAUGUGAGUAAUAAAAGUGAAAACAAGGAAGACUGCAUUGAACGUGAUAUACUCACUGUCAACCAGAAAAUAAAAAUACCUGGUUUGAAAAAGAAACAGUCAGUCACCUCGGGGUUUAAGAAAAAUACAAGGUUGUUAUCAAAAUUGAAGAAAAUUGAAAAAAAUCAAGUAACACAUCAAAGUUUGUCUGUUGACGAAAGUGAAACCAAAAAGAUUAGAACAAAAGCUGGAGAUGUUAAGAAAACCACAGAAAGAAAUACCAAAGAAACAGUAGUUCACCAGAGAAAAAGCGGAAGGAAUUCCACAAGGGAAAUCUCAGUAAUUUCUGAAUCUGAAACUGAAGAAAGUGAAACUGAAUUUCAUAUUAAAAAAAAGAAAGCUAGAUGUUCUGCUAAAAAUAAUUCUGAGAAAUCUGAUAUUAGAAAUGAGUUUCCAGUUAUUGACAAAAUGGGAUCUGAUAAGACAAAGAAGCAUUCCUUAGAAUGUUUACCUGAUUUAAUUCAGGAGGAUGAAUGGAAUGAGAAGGAAUUACAGAAGCUUCACUGUGCUUUUACAUCUUUUCCCAAGCACAAACCUGGUUUCUGGUCAGAUGUAGCUAUGGCUGUAGGUUCUCGAUCUGCUGAAGAAUGCCAGAGGAAAUACAUGGAAGAUCCCCAAGGAAAUGGAUCCCAGAAACAUGUUGCUAAGAAAAAGCCAGUCAAUCCCAAAGGCCAAAAAAAUGGCAAGAGAGGUGAUACAGAUAAGCAGCAAACUAUUAAGAUAACUGCCAAAGUGGGAACUCUUAAGAGGAAGCAGCAGAUGAGGGAUUUCCUGGAACAGCUGCCAAAAGAUGAUCAUGAUGACUUUUUCAGCACAACACCUUCGCAGAAACGGAGAGUCCUGUUGCCGAAUUUCCAGUUCGAUCAAGAAGAUGAUGAUAUGCUGCCAAAUAUGGACAGAAAUCCAACAACUCCAUCCUCAGUUAUCUUUCCAUUGGCAAAAACUCCUCAGUGUCAGCAUGUGAGUCCUGGAAUGCUAGCCUCUAUAAAUAGGAAUGAUUGUGAUAAAUAUGUUUUUCAUAUGCAAAAAAAACAUAAAAAUAAAGGUGGCAUUGUCUGGGGCAAUAUCAAGAAAAAAACAGUUGAAAGUGAUUUUCCAACUCCAACAAGAAGAAAAACCCCAUUUAACAAAGGAGAAAACUCUAAUAUUGGAAAACUUUUCAUUGAUGCUAUGGAGUCUUUGGAUGAAGAAGAGAAAGAUUAUUAUUUUUCAAGCUCUGAUUCUGCAUAGUAAAAGUGAGAAUAUUUCCAGUAUUUUUAUCAAGAAGCAGACAGUUAUUCAUACCUUCAUUUGGAGUAUAUAUUUUCUUUAUAAUGUAGCAUCUUUUGAAAUUGUGGACUCCUUUUCAAAGGUUUAUAUGUUUGUAUUCAAAGUUAAAGAUCCUUCUAUGGAAUAUUCCUCAUUGCUGCAGCUUACUAAAAAUAUAAGGAAAAAUGUUUUGCUUGCUGUAUAGAUAUUUCUAAAAUUCUGUUUUUGCCAUGUUUCAUAAGCAUCUGUUUAAGAAAAUCAUGUUCCAAACUGGACUUUUUAAAUUUUUGAAGAAAAUGUUGCUAUCCUUAAAGGAGGAGGUUAGGGAGAAUAAAAGAUAGAUUGUACUGAUAGCUAAUGAGUUCAUGAAAACUUGAAGUUAGCAUUCUUUUCACCUCUUGGUAUAUAAGCCAGAGUUGAUAUGAUGUUUAAAUUACAUGUUUUAACUAUGCUUUUUCUCCUCCUGAUUGUUUUUCUUAAAACUUGUGAUUGUCAUACCUUUCGAACAAAUGUAAAUUUUAAUUUAUUGCUUUUUCAGUAUUUUAUUAGGUAGAGUCCGAGAACAGAUUUUGUUGCAUUCUUAAGCCUUAUUUACAUAUGCAGACAUAGCUUAAAUUUGGCCCUAAGUAUUUAAAAGACUGGAAGAGACCAUAAGGACUCAAGUUAGUAUGUCGUAGUAAACAUUGUUUUCCUUUCAGACAGCUCUUUUAGGGGGGUAGAAAAACUUCUUUUCGCUUAUUCUGCCAUUAUGUUUUAAAAUUUGACAUAGACUAUUCCCCUUUAGUUACAGUACAUGUUCACCUACCUUUCUCUCCAGUUAGGUUGUUCAAAUAAAAUUAGUUUGCUUUUAUAAUA